UAUCUACCUUCUUCAUCUCGUUCCAUGGUACUCUCAAACCACCCAUCCCCCAAGAUCUUACUCUCCUUCUUCUUUCUUCUCCAGCUUCUCCAAAGAUGGAUAAGAUGAAAGGAGGCAUUAGUAACAGCUCCCAAGAGCCAGAAGUAAGGAAAGGACCAUGGACCAUGGAAGAAGACCUAAUUCUGAUAAACUAUAUAGCUAAUCAUGGGGAAGGAGUUUGGAACACACUGGCACGUUCAGCAGGGCUGAAACGCACCGGAAAAAGCUGCCGUCUUCGAUGGCUGAAUUACCUGAGGCCUGACGUCCGAAGAGGUAAUAUUACAGCUGAUGAACAGCUCUUGAUCAUGGAACUACAUGCUAGGUGGGGAAACAGGUGGUCUAAGAUUGCAAAGCAUCUUCCUGGAAGAACUGAUAAUGAAAUAAAGAACCACUGGAGAACAAGAAUUCAAAAGCAUAUUAAGCAAGCAGGACCAUACCCAAGGCAGAAUUCUAAUCAUGAGCUGAACCAGAACGAGGCUAGCACAAGUAAUACUCAUUUAUAUGAAGAAGUUGGAGAAGGAAUGGAAUAUUACUUACCAUCUUAUGCUGGAAACUUGGAGGCUUUUCCAGUUCCUUUACCUGCUGAAUCAAAUGAAAACUUCUGGCCAAACGUUGAGGAUCUCUGGUCUAUGCAGCUACUUAACAACGAUUGAACAAAUAAAAUUUUAUAGUAUGUAUAAGUUUAUAGUUUUGAGCUUUAUAUAUUAGCUAUAUAUCCAUAGCAAUAUUAUUAAGAACUUUCUAAUAUGUUAGUUACUAGUCCACCUCUGGACUGUAAUAUUAUAGAGAAGAAACAGUAUAUAUAUUAAAUCCAAUACUGUAAUAAGUGAGAGUAUUUUGCUUAUAAUUAUCUCUUCAACGGGAAAAUUGAGUAGAUCACACUGAUGAGUUCAUAUAAAAGACAUAAAAAGGCCUAAGCUAGAUUUGUUAA